UAUUUCAAGUCCUUGCUCUCUCUUUUCGUAUCGCAAAACCCAUUAAACCGAAGGGAAGAAAGGGAAAAUGGGAAACUGUUUGCGGCAUCAAUCAUCAACACAAUGGGCCGGCGACGACUGGGGAACAUCCCCGGCGGAGGACGACGAAGGCGGGUUUUUCGCUAGUGAAACGACAAACGACACGUGUGAAUAUAAGGCCAUGAUGAACAUGGAAGAAAAGGGUCUUCUCCGAAAUCAUCAGAAAAAUGGUUUCACAUCUUCAGCUACCACUCAAGAAGUUAAAGUGAAGAUAACAAAGAAGCAGCUGGAGGAGUUGCUAGGUAGGGUUGAUGUUAAGGAGCUGUCAGUGCAACAAGUUCUAGCACAGUUGAUCAACGUUAGUAAUCAAUAUGAAACAAAUCAACGGUCCUGGAGGCCUGCACUGCAAAGCAUUCCUGAGGUGAAUUGAGGGUGAAAGGGGAAAACGAGCUAGAAACUUUUCUUUCUUCUCCUCUAUUUUCUCUUUUGGUUGGGGUGGUUUCUUGUUUUGUACUUUAAUUUUCUUGGGAAAGUGACAGGGAAAUGGGGGGUAGAGAACAAGUUUUCUAUACAUUUUGUUUGAUCAGUUUGUAUAUACAAAGAACGGGGCUUGUUGUAUAGUGUUAAAAGAGUUCUUUUUUACUCAGCUCUAUAUAUUUGUUUGAUAUU